AUGUCGAUAUUUCAAGCUUCCAAAGACUGUGAGGCCCUUCUCGAACAAUGCCUUCGACUACCCGACAUCUUUAACAACAAAUGGGCACUGAACCAAUCUGCAAGUUUCAGGCUAUGGGUCGAAUCCAUCGGGGCCUUUGCGCCGCGGUCUGCAUCUGCCGAUGCCCGCCUACAAGGCAAUGAGAAUAUGAAAGCAGCGGUGAUGGAUUUGUUAGAUCUGUUGCAGUUGAACCUUCGUCAAAAUGCUAAUAGUGCUCGGGAGCCAGCAAUCGAAGCGUGCCAGGAUCCGGCAUUCAUACAAAGCGUAUCAGAGGAGCAGUCGCAGUCAAAUCGCCAGGCUCUUGCGGAAGCGCUGUCGUCGUCGGGGUCAGAUGAUGAAGAUGAGGUAGAGAUGGAAGAGGUUUCCUCGCCUCAGGUCAGCGAUCGAGACGAUGGCGACAACUCAACCACGACGUCUCAGUCGCGACCUGAUCAAGAAGUUGAGAAUGUGUUGUUCCGCCUCCACCAGCUGCUCCUGGCCAUUCGCAGCUCUCGUAGAUUCGACUGGCGUGAGCGAGCGAGCAGAUUCGUCUACCCAGGCUCAGAGGACUUCAGAAAGCAUAUGGAGUGGUAUAUCAGCGAACGAUUCCAACGCGAGUAUCCUGAAGUGCCGGAAUUCAUACGAACGCGUCUGUUGUUGGCCAACGUGAAGCGACGCAACCAGUUCGAAUAUGCGCGAGAACAUGCCUUCAAACUUGCCAAAGACAAGACACGCCCCUCCACUGACCAACAUUCGGCAAGUAUUGCAAUCGAAGAUGAAACAGCUGACAACCAGCCUCCAGUCGCCCCUUCUCACAAAGAUGCGUCCCAUUCACGAGCUGAUGCGCCAUCCCAAGCACCAUCCAAGUCUAUGCCGAGUACGCUGGCGACAGACUACACCGGUGCCUCAUUCGAAAGAUCCGAGAGUGGAACAGCUACAAUCUCCAGCGGGAGGACAUUCAAGGAUGGACAGGCCACUUGGCCAUCACCACCAAAGGCCCCUUCCAUCAACCCUGCCUUGGCGUCCUUUCCCUGCCCAUACUGUCGCCGUCCACUACCAACAGAAUAUAGUAGCGACUCAAAGAAGUGGAGGCAACAUGUAAAGAAUGACAUUCAGCCGUAUGUUUGUCUGUUCGAAGAAUGCGCCACCCCUCUCAAGCUCUAUUCGAGGAGUGCCGAUUGGCUCCUUCACAUGCGCAACACCCACGGUGAGAUCCAAUAUGCCUGUUUGGCGCCGAAACAUGACCAUGAGUGUGUCUACUUCAGAACGCCAGAAAGCUACAGAAACCACUUGACGCAGUCUCACGCAAAGACCUUUGUCGAAAACGAACUCGGAGACCUCCUUGUCCGUAGCAUGUGCCGGACGCCGCUCGACCCGAUCUUCCGUGAAUGUCCCAUCUGCCCGGGACCAGAAAAAAAGUCGAUUUUGUACAAGAGAAAGCAACUAGGGAGUUUGCUGUCGCUGCCGCAAUCACCUGCAAAGCGUAAAAAAUUAGAAGACGCUUUGACAUUGCGAUUGAAAGCGGUUAGAAUGCGGAAGAGUGCCGCCAUGGAUGAGGGGUUGGAGGGGAAAGAGGAGGAGGAAGACGACGACAAUGAUACACACAGACACCGACACUCAGAAGAGGCACGGCUUCUACGCCAUAUCAUGGCCCAUCUCCAAUUCAUUGCCUUGAUGGCGCUGCCAUGGUCAGAAGAGCUUGGAUCAGCCCAAUCCUCAUCAGUGUCAAUGGGCCAGGGACUGGAGCACUUAGACGACAAGAUAGAUCCCAAAGAUCAUGAAGGUCCGGUGGACGUUGAGGUUGAACACCAUGCCGACGAUCCAACAUACCACGACGGCAUCAUGCUCUCUUCGGAAUGGGAGUUCAUUAACAGCGACAGUAAUCCCGCCUUUUCAGUCUCCAAUCAUGGAAGCUCCCCUCUACCACCCCCCCGAACACCACCGGAUGCUUUGGUUAGCGAUGCAGGCUUAUCAAUCUAUAUCGCAUCUCAAAAUCUAGUCGAGAACCAAAUGCCCAAGCGUCGGUCGAGCUAUAUUCGGGAGAUGGAAGAUCGCACAACGACGGGUACUGACGGGCGGAAACACUGGGAGAUUUUCCCAGCAAAGGAACAAGGUCCUCGUCGGAGAGACUAUACGAUAGCUUGGAUAUGCUCUCACUCGCUCGAUUUUCGCGUUGCCACCGCCUUGUUAGACACAAAGCACCACAACUUCCCCAGACAUCAAUCCGAUCCAGCCAACUACGUGCUGGGCACAAUUGGUCGCUGGAAGGUCGUGGUUGCCUGUCAUGAUCCUCAGACUGCCCGGGGUCCUUUGAUUGUGGAUCUGUGCUGGGGCUUUCCCAAGAUCGAGCUCUUCUUGUCCGUUGGAGUUUGCAGCGCUAAUCCGUUACGCCACGUUUUCCUUGGAGACGUGGUCGUCGAUACAAGGAGCCCGGACUUGACAUCACUAAGACUUGGCGAGCUAGUCCUGAGGACGGGUUCACGUCGGAUCCACGUUGCCUCGGGCACAAAAUCUCUUGGGGAUAUCGACGUCAAGAGCGUCAUGUCAAGCUUUGAACAUGCGGAACCCGCCUUGAGAGCGUUUGCCAUCUAUCCUGGACACGAGCGAGACCUUGCUUUCCGUAGAGAGUACCAGCAUGUAGGAAAUCAUCCGAGUUGCAACUUUUGCGACCCGAGCCAACAGUUGAUCUCGCGAGACAGGCUCCCUGGUCGCACUCCCCCAGGUAUUCACUAUGGCGAUAUUGCGUUCACGAAACGCCCCGUUGUAGACCCUCGUGGACAACCAUUUUUCGAGUCAGAGCCCGUAUUGUUUGCCAUAGAUGCAAAUGCGCAGGACCUCUACACGACCCUCGCCGCCCAGCCUCUUCUGGUUAUUCGUGGGAUUGGCGAUUAUGCUGACUCUCACAAACAAUCGAUUUGGAAGAAUUAUGCUUCCACAGCUGCUGGUGCAUUCGCCAAGGCACUUUUACUCCAACUGGUUGAUAUCAAGCCCGACAUGCUCCCAAAGGGGUGGAGGGGCACGAUGAAACCUCCAAAACCACCAAAACCAAUAUCCCCUUGGAUACAAGGGUAA